CCGGAAGUUGGUGUUUCCACCCGACGCAGUAUCCGUGAUGCACCGCAGAUGCGCGUAUAUUUACAUCCUUUGAAUCUUCUCCGGUAAGCUGGACAUCUAACGUUAAGCUAAUGGACUGACGCCAGCCAGCUAAGAUGCUGAAAGAUCUCCCCCGAGAGGCUCUGUUGAGGCCGUUGACCAGGAAUGAGGUGGUGGGCAUGCUGGUGAGGUUGACCAUCUUUGGAGCAGCCACCUACUACAGCAUCAAAUGGGUUUUGGACGCCAUGGACCCGACCGCGAAACAGAAAAACCAAGCCAAGAAAAGGGCGGAGCAGCUUAUGAAGAGGAUCGGUGUUGAGGGUGUCAAACUUACCGAAUAUGAAAUGAACAUCGCAACGCACCUGGUUGACCCAAAAACAAUGAAGGUGUCCUGGAGAGAUAUAGCAGGACUCGAUGAGAUAAUCAAUGAGCUACAAGACACAGUCAUUCUGCCCUUUCAGAAACGACACCUUUUGACUGGAUCCAAGCUCUUUCAGCCACCUAAAGGCGUUUUGUUGUUUGGCCCACCAGGAUGUGGGAAGACCAUGAUCGCUAAGGCAACAGCCAGAGCUUCCGGCUGCAAGUUUAUCAACCUGCAGGCGUCCACACUGACCGACAUGUGGUACGGCGAAUCCCAAAAGCUGACGGCGGCAGUCUUCUCGUUGGCGAUCAAACUCCAGCCAUGUAUCAUUUUUAUUGAUGAAAUUGAGUCGUUUCUCAGGAACCGGUCCAGCCUUGAUCACGAGGCCACUGCCAUGAUGAAGGCCCAGUUCAUGAGCCUUUGGGAUGGCCUAGAAACGUCCUCAGCCACUCAGGUCAUGAUCAUGGGGGCAACAAAUCGACCACAAGACAUGGAUCCCGCUAUCCUGCGCAGAAUGCCCACCACUUUUCACGUUGGCCUUCCUAACACCGGACAAAGACAGGACAUCUUGAGGCUAAUCUUAGCUGGAGAAAGUCUGAGCGACACCAUUAAUCUGAAGGAGAUAGCCGAAAAGACGGAAGGCUACUCUGGCAGCGACCUGCGGGAACUUUGCCGCGAUGCUGCCUUUUACCGAGUUCGAGACUACGUGCGCAAGGAGCAGAUGAGGCAGAUCACCCAGCAGUUAGGAGAGGUCCAAGAAGACGAGAAUUCAGUGGAUGAGGAGCAGCUGCGUCCCGUCAGCCAGCUGGAUCUCCUCUUUGGGCUGGACAAGAUGAGGGAAUCCAAACGCGCCACAGUGUCCACGCUAUCCGCCACGUCUGAGGUUCCGCUGGACUGAACACCUUUUUGAAGUUGCACUUUUUAAUCUAUUUAUUUUUCUGUUCCCGCUGAUCUACAGCAGGUGUACUCCUCCAAUAAUCAAUACGGUAUGCUGCUUUAUUUUUUUGUCUUCAGGCUGAACGUGUGACCGCUGUUAGUAAACCACAAAUACAGGUAAAAGCCAGUAAAUUAGAAUAUUUUGAAAAACUUGAUUUAUUUCAGUAAUUGCAUUCAAAAGG